UCUGUGUAAAUCACUUUAAAGAUUCUGCUUUUGAUUCUUUAUGUUAUUUUGAAAGUGUUAAAAGUCUACUUCUUGAAAAACUAUUAUAUAAAAUAACAGCUGUAUAAAAUGAAUGAACUGUUUCUUUACUUUCUGAAAUCUGUUAGUUGACCGUGAACAUCUGUUUUCAAUAUUGGUAUCUCUAAACCAUGAUAUUUGGGGUUUUUUCGAAGUCUUUCUUUUUGUGAGUUUUAGAAUUAACAGAGCAUGUUUGGACCUGCAGCUCUGGAGUCAAUUAUUAAACGCACACGGACACAUCACUUCUAGUCCGACACGUACUACCCCACAUUCCCUGGGAAAAGUGUCAGAAGGGAUGGGACUGUGUUUAUCUUCAUUCCUCUGAGGAAUCAGGUGCUUUCUGUCACCUGGGAAACUGAAUCUCCAUGGAUGUCACAACCAACCCGCUGCCUGAACCGAGUGACACGGCCCCACCGAGAUCUGUAACAUCAGUAUCAGGCAGCUGGAUAACAUUCACAAUGCUUUGCGAACUGGCAGCAAGAAAGGCAUACGCAGUUGUGUUGACCAAAAGCCUUUAGAACGAUGGAAGAAAAUGUGAAGAACGUCCAGAUGGAAAAUAAACCGAGCGAGGAUGACUGUGAUCUAAAGUGCAAGCAAUAUCUUAUCAGUUUGUUUGGUGAAUCAACAGCUGAGUAUUUUCUCAGCCCUUUUUUUCGCUCAAAGGAUGUACCUCAUUGGUUUUCCCAGCUACAAGAUGACAUGAGAGAUGACAUGAGUGCAGGAGCCCUGUGGGACGCUCUGACACAACGCUCUACACAGAUAUCACCAGAAUUAAAUACAGACCUAUCAAUGAUUGCGAGAAGGGUUGUAGAUUGGAAGAUGCUGAAGGAACAGGACCAUUUGAUGCACCUGUCAGGGGUCAGACACAUGUUCCGCACUGCUCAGCGUAACCAGGCCAUCACAGCCCUUAUUUUCCAACAUAACCCUCGUUUUAACAGUGAGAUGAAUAUUGAUAAAUAAUGAAGCUGAGAUAAAGAAGAAUGGUUGAAUGCAUUUAUUUUGACAUUUGUUUGACUGGCAUAUGCAUAUAUUGGGAUAAAAAUGGUAAAGAGUGUUGAGUUGUUGUGAAGAAGUGUAAGUGAACUGAGUAUAAAGAACUUGCAGAAAUUGG